ACACCCAGAUGCCCUGCCUGUCAGCGGCCGCGCUCGUUCAGCCGCUCGGGAUACUACUCCACCUUCUGUAGCCCGCGGCUACCGCCCCUCCGCUGUGACAGGCCCGCGGCUGCCCUCGCCCUGUCAGGGACGCGCCCGCCCCUGCUCCUGUCACGCGUGCCGGUCGCCGCGCCCGUGGGGGCGGUACGUAAGCUUCGACGGGGCCCGCCUGCUCCCGCCCCAGCGCUGAGGUCUGUUUCUCUGUGACGAGCCGGGGCCUUCUGCCUCGUUCCCGUAGAGAGCCGAAAUGCGGGGCCUGGUUGUCGCCGCUUGCCUGCUGCAGACCAUCGCAGGUUCGGACGCGUUCGCCAGCGGAAGAAGAAAUGUGGACCCCGAAACGAAUAUGAACAUCAGUCAAAUUAUUACCUUCAGGGGAUACCCUAGUGAGGAGUAUGAAGUGACAACAGAAGAUGGAUACAUCCUGUCCAUUAACAGAAUUCCUUAUGGAAAAAAAGGCCGUGACAAGAGCAAAGGUCCAAGACCUGCUGUGUUUCUCCAGCAUGGCUUGCUUGCAGAUGCCAGCAACUGGAUCACAAACUUGGAUUACAACAGCCUUGGCUUUAUGCUGGCAGAUGCUGGCUAUGAUGUAUGGCUGGGAAACAGCAGAGGGAACACCUGGUCCAGGAAACAUACACACUACACAGUGAAGCAAGAAGAAUUCUGGAUUUUCAGCUUUGAUGAAAUGGCUAAGUAUGACAUUCCAGCCUCAGUGGACUUCAUUUUGAAGAAGACUGGUCAAAAGCAAGUAUUUUAUGUCGGCCAUUCACAGGGCACCACAAUGGCUUUCAUUGCUUUUUCAACUUUGCCACAGCUGGCUAAGAAGAUCAAAAUGUUCUUUGCCUUGGCACCAGUAGCUACAGUCAAGUUUGCCACUAGUCCUCUGGUAAAAUUGGGAGUGUUUCCUGACGUGCUACUCAAGGAUAUGUUUGGAAAGAAACAAUUCCUCCCUCAGAAUUUUUUGCUGAAGUGGCUUGCUACCCAUGUUUGCACCCACAGAAUACUUGAUGACCUUUGUGGCAACGCAUUCUUUCUUUUGUGUGGUUUUAAUGAGAGAAACUUGAAUAUGAGCCGAGUGGAUGUGUAUUCAACACACUGCCCAGCAGGGACAUCUGUACAAAACAUGAUCCACUGGAGUCAGGCUGUGAAGACUGGGGAACUCAAAGCUUAUGACUGGGGAAGCAAGACUGAAAAUAUGGUUCACUACAACCAGUCUACUCCUCCAUUCUACAAGAUAAAAAAGAUGACUGUACCAACCGCUGUGUGGACUGGUGGACAAGACUGGCUGGCAGACCCAAAGGAUGUUGCUAUGCUGCUCACUCAGAUCACAAACUUGGUUUACCACAAAAACAUUCCAGAAUGGGAACAUUUGGAUUUCAUCUGGGGCCUUGAUGCUCCUUACCGCAUGUAUAAUGAAAUAAUCAACAUGAUUAGGAAGUAUCUCUAAGCCUGUAUGGUAUUUCAGAGUGUUAGUUCACCAGGAAUCCAUCUCUCUGGGACAUGCUUUUCUGGCCAUACUACUACAUUGGCUUUUUAUGAUGCCUUUCUAAAAUGCCAGGAAUGACUACUGAAUAGGAUUCACGUUUGGGCUGUUAUUCUCAGUAUUAUUUCUCUCUCCUGUGGAAAUUCUCAAUGUGUUUCACAGAUUUUGCACACAGUGGCACAGAACUUAGAAAGUAGCAGUGUGAUUUUGUUCAAAAGGAGUAUAUCACAUGUCUGUAAAUUUAGUGACAUGUCUAAAAGACAGGAUAGUCUGUUCAGCACCUCAGGUGCUUAACAAUAAGUAUUUCAGUGUUCUUGGAACACUGCCAUUUCUCAGCACGUUGUCACUUCUGAGUACCUUUUAGAAGUACUCCUUGUACUGCAGUGAUCCAUUUGGUGCUGGUACUUUUAAAAGCACUUAGUGACUUUUUUCUGUGUUGUUAUUUUAGCUGUCACAUACAAGCUAGCUACGUCAUACUACUUUAUCUUUUACUAGUGCCCAGAAGAACUGUCAUGAAGCCCGAAAUCAUCACUGCAGUCAAGUUGCAGUCUCCUAUUUUGGGACUGAAUCAUUGUGGCAUUUUCCUUGAUGUAAUGGUGUCCCUGAAGCCUUUUGUGUUUCACAUGCCAUCUAUGAAUAAGGGUAGUUAUUUGCCCAUGAAGAUUCCUGGAACAAGAGAAGCAGUUAAAAGAAAUAACCACUUUCAGUUAGCUCUGCUGGUAGAUUAUGGCUUUCAAGAAGAAUGAUGUAAUAUACUCAUGUUUUGUUUUCUUUGCACUGACCACUAGAAAACAAGCUGGUGAGGGAAGAGCCAAAGCAUUAAUUCUAUAGCUCGAGUCACUUAAUUGCAUGGACUUCUCUUAAUCAUCUGCUGCUCCGGAGAUCUGUUUACUUCUUAGCUGCCUAUGUGAUGCUUGCCACCACAGUGUUGAGGAGCCAUACAGCACCCUUGUGAAGCCUGAUAGUAUUAAAGACAGUUUUCAGUUGUCUCAGUUUCAUUUCAGAAUGGAGCUAAGCCCUCAUUUAGUGGAGGAAGAUGAUUGACAUCUUCCUUAGGGAACUGACUUUGGAGCUGUAAUUCCGUAGUAUAGGUGCCUUGGUCUUUCCAUUGACUAUGCAGAGGAAUUGCAAAGUUCCAUACCAAAUGUAGAUGUUUGAGCAAUCUCUAGAGUCAGUUGCCUCUGUUCAUAUGAUCAUUUCCGUGCCAUUGUUGGAUUCAAUCCAGAUUUCUAUCUCUAAUCCAAACAGAAUAAAAGAAAAAAACUUUUCUACAUGGCAUAGACAACAGUGCAUAUUUAAUUGAGGCAAACACUUUUGGUUUAAAAAAAUGCAAAAAGAUACAGAAGCUGUAAAUUAGGGUUUGAUGGUUUGAAAUAAUUUUAUUUUUUAAUUCCUUAUUGAGACUCAGGGAAUUCUCAGGCUUUGUUAAGGAAAAAGUGGUUCGUGGUAUUUCAGUUGCAAUUCCUAGCAGGACUUCUGUUUGCUUUAUAACAGCCAUAUUUACUUCACCUUGCUGUGCUGAAAGGAAGUAUGUGCAGGAAUCCCAAGUGGCCAACUUAGCAGGUGUGAAGGUAUGUGAUACAGCAAGAGCUAUGCGAAUCGUGAUUAUUAGCUUAAGAUCUUUCAAUAAACAUGAGACCUGCUUGGAGUUCAGA